AUGUGCACAUGCUUGGAGGAUCGGGGCGUGACAAUAAGCCAAGGAGAGAAGCAAUUCCAAACAGAAGUAAGCACAAUCGGCACCAUCCAGCACUUGUCAAGCUUCGGGGGUUCUGCUUUGAAGGCGACAAAAAGCUAUUGGUCUCUGCCAAAUGGUUCCUUAGACUAUCAUCUCUUUCGUAGAAAGGACUCGAAGACCUUGGAUUGGAAAACUAGAUACCAAAUUGCUUUGGGAAUGGCUCAGGGUCUGGCUUAUCUCCAUGAGAAGUGUAGAGAUUGCAUCAUACAUUGCGACAUCAAGCCAGAGAACAUCCUUCUAGAUGCUGAAUUCUGUCCAAAAAGUGGCAGAAUUUGGCCUUGUAAGCUUGUUGGCCGAGAUUUCAGUAGGGUGUUGACAACCAUGAGAGGGACAAGAGGGUAUCUUGCGCCAGAGUGGAUCUCCGGAGUGGCCAUAACAGCAAAAGCUGAUGUUUAUAGCUAUGGAAUGAUACUCUUUGAGUUUGUUUUAGGAAGGAGGAACUCAGAGCUUUCGGAAGAUGGGGCCAUUAAGUUCUUCCCAACAUGGGUUGCUAGUAAGAUAGCCGAAGGAACAAAAGUGACCUGCUCGAUCUUUUGGACCGAGACUUGGAGACAAGCGCUGAUACUGAAAGAAAAAUAA